CCCAGUAGUGAAAUUAAGCAGCAUCCAACACAGGCCUACUCUUACGACAUGUGACUUUACUGUUUUCCGUUUUUGUUGAAAGAGUCAUUAACCGGAGUUGAUGGCAGUUUCAAUUACAGGUCAUUGCUGAGAAAAGGAUAGCACUAUAAUAUGCAGAAAUCUACAAAUUCUGAUACUUCUGUGGAAACACUGAAUUCUACCCGCCACGGCACAGGAGCUGUGCAAAUGAGAAUCAAAAAUGCCAACAGCCACCAUGACAGGCUCAGCCAGAGUAAAUCCAUGAUCCUCACCGAUGUUGGGAAGGUCACUGAACCCAUACCCCGACACAGAAGGAAUCAUUCACAGCAUGUCUUGAAAGAUGUAAUUCCUCCAUUGGAACAACUGAUGGUUGAAAAAGAAGGUUAUCUUCAAAAAGCUAAAAUUGCAGAUGGAGGAAAGAAACUAAGGAAAAACUGGUCUACUUCCUGGGUUGUUCUUUCUAGUCGAAAAAUUGAAUUUUACAAAGAAUCCAAGCAACAGGCUCUGUCCAAUAUGAAAACUGGGCACAAACCAGAAAGUGUGGAUUUGUGUGGUGCACACAUUGAAUGGGCCAAGGAAAAAUCGAGUAGAAAGAACGUCUUUCAGAUCACAACAGUAUCAGGAAAUGAGUUCCUUCUACAGUCAGAUAUUGACUUCAUCAUAUUGGAUUGGUUCCACGCUAUCAAAAAUGCAAUUGACAGAUUGCCAAAGGAUUCAAGUUGUCCAUCAAGAAACCUGGAAUUAUUCAAAAUCCAAAGAUCUUCCAGCACUGAAUUGCUAAGUCACUGCGACAGUGAUAUAAAAGAACAGAAACCAGAGCACAGAAAAUCUUUAAUGUUCAGGCUGCAUCAUAGUGCUUCUGAUACAAGCGACAAAAAUCGAGUUAAAAGCAGAUUAAAGAAGUUUAUUACCCGAAGACCUUCCCUGAAAACUCUGCAAGAAAAAGGACUUAUUAAAGAUCAAAUUUUUGGCUCUCAUCUGCACACAGUGUGUGAACGUGAAAAUUCCACAGUUCCGCGGUUUGUAAAGCAAUGCAUUGAAGCUGUUGAGAAAAGAGGUCUCUCCAGGGAAAUUCUACCCAGUGCUUGGCGCAGGAUGCAUUCUUUAUUCAUCCCUGGUCUAGAUGUUGAUGGAAUAUAUCGAGUUAGUGGCAAUCUGGCAACAAUACAAAAGUUAAGAUUUAUCGUCAACCAAGAAGAGAAGCUGAAUUUGGACGACAGCCAGUGGGAGGACAUCCACGUUGUCACCGGAGCACUGAAGAUGUUUUUCCGGGAGCUGCCUGAGCCGCUCUUCCCUUACAGUUUCUUUGAGCAGUUUGUGGAAGCGAUCAAAAAGCAAGACAACAACACAAGAAUUGAAGCUGUAAAGUCUCUUGUACAAAAACUCCCUCCACCAAAUCGUGACACCAUGAAAGUGCUCUUUGGACAUCUAACUAAACUCCCCUCAUCCUCAACAAUGGCCUCUGCUGGUCAUGGUGGCUUCCCUGAUGCAGCGUCCCAGACCUUCAUCCAUGAGGGAUCCAAGCUCCUGUGUACCACGUCUUCUCAGACAAGAAUUUCUGCCCUGUUCAUGACCCAUCGUAAUUGGUCAACAGAGAACUUGGAAGCCCUGUGUGGAUCGUCUGGGUGUCACCCUGUCCCCCGGUGCAACAGCAACCUUGCCUCCUCCCUAUGGUACCUAUCUAGAUAGUGACUCUGCCUUGACUGCUGGUGCCUGAACCCAAGAAGCUCCACGUGCCUAGAAAGCAGCAGUAGCUUAGAAGAUAUAUGUAUCAGUGAUUCGAUAUAUCACUCAAAUACAAUAAUAUAAACGGUUCUCUGACUGCCCAUUUAUUUUGCUCCACAAGAUGCUAUGUUCUGGUGACCAUCUCAUAAUUCUGUGAGUCGGCCCCCAUUGGCUGCCCCUCAGCCCUGCCACUUGUUAUUAAAAUUGCACCUACCUGGCUUUUAGCAACUAAGCCCCACCACCCAGCUUCUAUUACCAGUGUCUCAGCAUCCCCAUUGCAAUCAGUGAGCCUAGUUCUGUAAUAGACUUUCCUACAGUCAACCCUCAUUUACAGAGUAAAGGCCCCUGUAAUCACAUACAACUUUUCUGUAGAAUAUCAAUGGUGCUUAGCAACAGCCCUUCAAUUUCAUUGACCUUGGAGUUACUAGCCACAACCUCCCACUAUCAUUUCUAAAUUCCUCAUACAUUACGCCAGCUAGUCUCCUCCACAGAUCUAAUGUCCUAAUUCACCACCAGGGUGAGUUUUCACAAUCGGACUACCACCUUGUGCCAGGACCCGUCUGCAUUCCACCUGCCACCAUUGAUGGAUUCUUCAUUGCCAGUCAGGCUGCAAGUGACCCAGUUCCAAAUCCCCAUCUUAUUGCUGGCUUUCUGGGACCACUCAUAGAACCAUUAAUCAUAGGUUUGGUUCACCAGAAGGAGCCCCCAAAACAGUUUGGCAUCCAUGGCAUUGUUAAAGGUUAAUCCCUGUGGAAGGAAAAAGGUGUCAAUAGGAUUAGGCAGAGGAAGAAGCUGAACUGAAGUGCAGACUAAGGAAAUCUUCAGCCAGACCCACAGGAAGCUCUGGGGCACACACAGCCUGUCAAAGUUGUCCCAGAGUGGGCAGAAAUGGUCCAGCUUUUAUAUUGACAGACAGUGGGGGCCAGAGCACUGGCUCACACCUGUAAUCCCAGCACUUCAGGAGGCUGAGGUAGGAGGAUCGCUGGAGGCCAGGAUUUGAGCCCAGCCUG